AUGUCAAAAAGCACGGAGGAUGCAAUAAUGAUAAUCGAUCGUAUGGCACUCAAUGAUCUCCAAACUCAACAUGAUAGGAGUCCAUCACAAAGGAAGCCGGGUGUUCUCGAAUUAAACACCAAUGAUGCCAUCCUUGCUCAAAACAAGAUUCUCUCUCAACAAGUUGAGUUACUCACUAAGCAAAUGUCGAAGCUUCCACAACAAAUGAAGGAAAUUCAUGGGAUGCAAAUGACUUCUCACGUGGCAAGUUGUGAACUUUGUCAAGGUGACCAUCCUACCGGGUUUUGUCCUCCUCCCGAGGGUGAAGAAGUGAAUUAUGUCAACAAUCAAAAUCAAGGUUAUCAGAGGCAACCUCCACCUCACAAUAAUCCGUACCAAAGAAACAACCAAGGAUUUCAACCCUCAAGAUUCAACAAUCAACACUAUCAACAUCAAAGUCCUUAUCAAAGCCCAAACCCUCAAGUCCAAGGUCAACAAUCUCAAGGUGGGAGCUCAAAAUUGGAAGACACUCUUACACAAUUCAUGCAAGCAUCCAUGGCUAACCAAAGGAGCAAUGAAGCGGCCAUAAAGAACUUAGAAACUCAAGUGGGUCAACUUGCAAAGCAAUUGUCCGAACAACAACCGGGAUCUUCUUUUCCCGCCAGCACUCAAACAAAUCCAAGGGAGCAUUGCAAAGCCAUUGUGACAAGAAGUGGUAAAGAGAUAAAUGGUGGAAUAGAUGGAGGUGUUAUAGUGGAAGAUGAUGAGGAAAUAAUAGUUGAAAACCAAAAGGGUGAGGUGGUAGUUGAAGAUGAGGGAGAAAAGAGUGAGGAGAAAGUGGAGGAAGAAUUAGUUGAAAAAGAGCGGAAAGAAAAAGAAGGAAGAGAGAAAAAUGACAAAAAAGUGAAGAGGAAUAAAAAGAGAAAUGAGAAUAAAAAGAAGUACACGGAUGAAGAGACAGUUGUGCUUGAUGCUCAUUGUAGUGCAAUUAUUCAAAAAACUCCCCCAAGAAAGGAAGCCGAUCCGGGACGAGUCAUUUUACCGAUCACCAUUGGAGGUAACUACAUUAGUAAUGGUUUGGUUGAUUUGGGGUCUAGCAUCAAUUUAAUACCUUUAUCCGUUGUCAAGAGAUUGGGGAACAUUGAGAUGAAACACACCAGGAUAACUUUGCAACUAGCCGAUAAGUCUAUCAUUUCACCAUAUGGAGUUGUACAAGACAUGCUAGUAAAGGUUGACAAAUUUUUGUUCCCGGUUGAUUUUGUGGUAGUCGACAUGGAGGAGGAUUGUGAUGUUCCAUUAAUACUUGGAAGACCAUUCAUGAAGACCACCCGAAUGAUGAUUGAUAUCGAUGAUGGGAUUAUGAAAGUAAGGGUGCAAGAUAAAGAGGUAAUUUUUACUCUUUUUGAGUCUACGAAGCCUCCUAAGGAUGAACAUGACAACUUUCGAAUCGAUGAUGAAAAAGGAGAAAUCAUUGAGGUGGCGAAUCAAUUUCACAAGGACAAGGAGAAGGCAAAUCAUGAGGGAAAGACUCAUCACAAAAACUUUGAAGUUGGACAAAUGGUGUUAGUGUGCAAUUCAAGACUCAAGGUGUUUCCUAGUAAAUUAAAGUCAAAGUGGUCGGGGCCAUUUGUUGUGAGAGAGGUGAGAAAUUAUGGAUCCAUUGUGGUGGAGGACCCUAAAACACAAGAAAGCUGGACUGUAAAGGAACAAGGAAUCAAAGGAUACCACGAUGGAUAA